UGGAGGAAAUCCCAGGUUUUGCAAAAUACCUAUCAAUUACAAUGGCCCCAAAAAUUGCAAUUAUUUACUACUCAACUUGGUCUCACGUGUACCAAUCCUCCUUGGAAAUCCAGAAGGGAAUCAAGGAAGCAGGUGGUGAAGCCGACAUCUUUCAAGUCAAGGAAACCUUGUCAGACGAAGUUUUGACUACUUUGUACGCAGCUCCAAAGGCCGAUGUCCCAGAAGCUACUGUCGACACCUUGAAGGAAUACGACGCGUUUGUGUUUGGUAUCCCAACCAGAUUCGGUAAUUUCCCAGCCCAAUGGAAGGUUUUCUGGGAUCAAACCGGUGGCUUAUGGGCUUCUGGUGCUUUGUACGGUAAGCCAUUUGGUUUGUUUGUGUCUACAGGAACUCCAGGUGGAGGACAAGAAUCCACUUUCAUGAAUGCUUUGUCUUCAUUUAUCCACCACGGUAUGGUUUACGUGCCAUUGGGUUAUGGUGAAGCCUUCCCAUUAUUGACCAACUUGGAUGAGGUCCACGGUGGUUCUCCAUGGGGUGCUGGAACUUUUGCUGGAGCUGAUGGUUCUAGACAACCAAGUGACUUGGAAAAGAAGAUUCACCAAGUCCAAGGUAAGAACUUCUACGCCGUUGCCAAGAAGUUGGCUUAAGUAUUUGCUACGAGAAUAUAAAACUUUUUAAAU